ACACUGUCGUUCACGACACACACCGACUCUCUGACUGGCGACCAGCCGGGAUUGAAAAGGUUGUCCGUAGUAUUCUCGAAUAACUUAAUUGAAAGGCAAUAGAACAUGGCAUCGAAUAGUUGCAGUGGAGUUCCCAAAUGGGAGAGAAAAACACGUUGGUUUCUUUGUAUCUUCGGUUUGUUUUUGUCAUUCUAUGCUCUGCACGUUGAGAUUUCGCGAGAGAGGGACCCUGAGUAUCGGGCGAUGUGCGACCUGGGAGAUUCUGUGAGCUGCUCUAAAGUUUUCACCUCGAGAUGGGGACGUGGUUUUGGGCUUGUACAGUUCUUCUUUGCUAAAGACAGUGUACUGAAUCAACCCAACAGUCUGUUGGGGAUCAUUUUCUACACAUUGCAACUGGCUCUGGGUCAGUCUGUGUCCAGUAGGGCAGCGUUCCUCCUGGUCUUGGCCUCCUGGGUGUCCAUGGCUGGAUCGCUGUACCUAGCCGGAGUACUUGCCUUCAUUCUGGGAGAUUUCUGUGUGGUCUGCGUCUCAACCUAUGUGGUUAACUUUUUGCUGCUCUUCACCAAUCUGAAGAGGAGGACGGGACUGGAAGCAGUCAAGACAAAGACUGGCUGAGAGACUAUCUUUGUGUGCAUCUCAAUAGUCUUAAGUAGUUUUUUCCCCCUUGCCUUCCACCCUACUGCACUGAUAAUAUACAGCGCAUUCGGAAAGUAUUCAGACCCCUUGACUUUUUCCACAUUUUGUUACAUUAGACUUAUUCUAAAAAUACGAUUUAAGACAUUUUUGCACUUUUAAGAAAAACGGAAAUAUGACAUUUACUUAAGUAUUCAGACCUUUUACUCAGUACUUUGUUGAAGCACCUUUGACAGCGAUUACAGCCUUGAGUGUUCUUGGGUAUCACGC